AUGGACGCCGCCGGCCGCGCCCGGAGCCACGGGGCCACGGCGAGGGGACCGCUGUUCGGGGCGGCUGCGGCCGCCAGGGGGCUCAGGGAAGACCUGAGGGGCGCGGCCGCCCUGCCUUGGAGGGGCCCGUCCCGCACCCCGAAGCGGGAGGGGCUUGGAGAGGAGGACCCGGCAGCUGCCGGACACGAGCUCCUACUGCCAAAUGAAAGAAGCUUUCAGAAUGCUGCUAAAAGCAAUAACUUGGAUCUCAUGGAGAAGCUGUUUGAAAAGAAGGUUAACAUUAAUGCUGUGAACAAUAUGAACCGCACAGCCCUGCAUUUUGCAGUGGGGAGAAAUCAUUUAUCUGCAGUGGAUUUCUUGCUUAAACACAAGGCCAGAGUGGAUGUUGCUGAUAAGCACGGCUUGACAGUAAUUCACCUUGCAGCCUGGUCUGGGAGCCUUGAGAUCAUGCUCAUGCUGGUUAAAGCUGGAGCAGAUCAGAGAGCUAAGAGUCAAGAUAGAAUGAAUGCCCUCCACUUUGCCGCUCAGAGCAAUCAUGUGCGCACCGUGGAGUAUCUUAUUCAAGAGCUGCACCUCAAGGACCUGAACCAGCCUGAUGAGAAAGGAAGAAAACCAUUUCUUUUGGCAGCUGAGAGGGGCCAUGCUGAAAUGAUAGAAAAACUUACCUUCCUAAACCUGCAUACUUCAGAAAAGGACAAGGAGGGAAACACUGCCCUGCACCUCGCUGCGAAGCAUGGUCACAGUCCUGCAGUGCGGGUGCUGCUAACCCAGUGGCAAGACAUAAAUGAGAUGAAUGAGCUCAAUAGCAGUAGUUCGCAGGUAGCAACGAGGAACGGCCAUGCAUCCCUUGUUAACUUUCUUCUCUGUGAGAAUGUUGAUCUACACCCGAAAGUGGAACCUAAGGAGUCCCCUCUUCAUUUAGCUGUUAUCAACAACCACAUCACAGUUGUAAACAGCUUAUUAAGUGCACAGCAUGAUAUUGAUGUCUUAAAUCAGAGGCAGCAAACCCCUCUGCAUGUAGCUGCUGAUCGAGGAAAUGUGGAACUGGUGGAAACCCUGCUGAAGGCAGGCUGUGACUUGAAGGCUGUUGACAAGCAAGGAAAGACUGCCCUGGCUGUGGCCUCCAGGAGCAACCAUAGCCUUGUGGUGGACAUGCUCAUUAAAGCAGAGAGAUACUACGCCUGGAGACAGGAGCAUCACGAGAGUAUCAGGGACCCAUCAACAGGCUUUACUCUGACAUUCAAGCAAGAUCACAGUUUGGAGACCAGACAUAUUCGCACGCUCCUUUGGGACCUGGCUUAUCAUCAGCUGAAGGCCAAUGAGUGGCAGAGGCUGGCCCGUUCAUGGAACUUUACAGAUGACCAGAUUAGAGCCAUAGAGGAGCAGUGGUCGGGAAAUGAAAGCUUCCGGGAACAUGGCCACAGGGCUCUACUUAUCUGGCUACACGGGACCCUGAUGACUCAGGCUGAUCCGGCCAAGCACCUGUAUGAAGAGCUGGUACGCGCAGGUUUCUCCAAACUAGCUGAAAAGACUCGUCAUUUCAAAAGCAAAACUGACUCAAACUCCAAGAAAUGUGCAGUUUCAUAAAUGUCUAAAGAAAUUGUAUUUACAUGAUUGUCCACUCAGCAUUCAGUUCUUUUAAUGCCAUAAAUUUCUUCCAGCAGUAGGGAGUAGCAUUGAUUUCCAGCUCUGAGGAUGGUGGUGAUAGGGUGCUCUGACAGAUGAAAGAAGAGUAAUCCCAUGAUACUUUUCAACCACUGAAAAGUCAAAUAGCUUUUUUUGCUGAGGGAAAGUUGUGUAUGAUUUUCCCAUUUCUGUCAUUUGAUGGAACACAUGUAAUAAGAUAAUCUAGGAGGGUUUUGCUGUCUUUUUUUUUUUUUUUUUAACUCAUGGGAGCAGCAUCAUGGUACAGCAAAAAACCAACGGUUUUUACAAUCGACAGAUGUGGUUGUGAACUUGGUUUUGCCACUUAUUAGAUGUGAAUCUUUGAGCAUGUUCAUGUUAUCUAAGUUCUUAGAUCUUCAGUUUCCUAUAAAGUGGGACAAAUGUCUAUCCAAUCCAUAGGGCUGGAGUGAGGAUGAAGGGAAAAUGCCUAGCUAGCCUCAUGCCCACAGUAUGGAGAUCCACUGUUUCAGUAAGAGAAACUGGGUUUGGAAAUUUACAGUCAUUGCUGACUUUAAAUCACACAUAAUGUGUAAUAUGUUACUUAGAAAAGACCAGAAGUAUGUACACCAAUUUUUAAAAACAUCUCUUGGUGUUGUAAUUACAGAUUAUUAUUUUUCUUGUACUUUUGGGCACAUUCCAAUUUCUUUACAACAAACAAGCAUUAUUUUUGAAACCUGAGAGUUAUGAAAUAAAUGUAAAAUCAAGUAUGAAUUUGUGUCAGUUUAUGUCACCUAUUCAUUAGAAUUUAAGACUCCAUUCUCAGAUUCUGACUCUAAAUUUACAAGGCACAUAAUAAAAUCAUGAACAAUUUCAAUGCAGUUAUUCUAUCAUGAAUUUGUAGUUUUAUGUCUUUGUCUCAUACUGAUUGUAA